AGAGCAGAGUGGAGAUAGGCAGACUGCUUGCCCACUACUCGCUCUUCUCUCUUCCGCUAAGCAAGCAGAAAACAGCCUGCCUCUCUGCUCGGCUCUGGCAGUCUCGUACCUCACCAUGGCUCCCAGCACGGCAGCCACGUGUGCUUGGUGGAGGCGGGCCCAUCAUUGCGGGGCCCAGGGCGAUUGCACUGGCAGGCGCACACAGGAGCUCUUGUCGCUGCACUGCUGCUGUGUGCAGCAGCAAUUUUAAAGGCAUCAGUAGUUUCGAUUUGCCAUGAUGGAAGCCUCCCGGAGCCGGAGUGCUUCAGAAUCCCUACGCUAUCCUGAAUAUGUGACCAGAAAAGACGGCCGGGGGCGCCCCACGGACUUAAACAAGGGAUUGGCCAGAACUAUGAUAGCUGUUGGCCUUGGUGUUGCCGCUGUUGCUUUUGCUGGUCGUUAUGCAUUCCAGCUCUGGAAACCACUAGAACGAGUAAUCACAGUAACAGGAAGAAAAAUUUCAGCUGCUAGCUUUUCGUCCUAUUAUAAAGGAGGAUUUGAACAGAAAAUGAAUCGGCGAGAAGCUAGUCUUAUUUUAGGCAUAAGUCCAUCUGCUGACAAAGCCAAGAUUAGAACUGCUCACAGACAAAUCAUGAUUUUGAAUCACCCUGAUAAAGGUGGCUCUCCUUAUUUGGCAACAAAAAUCAAUGAAGCAAAAGACUUGUUGGAAUCAAGCAACAAACAUUAGGACUCCAGGAUUUCAGUCAUGAGAAAUGUAGAACUUGUUAUUGCACUGAGAAACUGUGAAAUGGCUUUUUCCAUAGCUGUUUUCUGUAUUGGAUAACAAUGCUAUACGAUUAGAAGAACUAAUCUUCAGUUGCCACAUCAAUAAUAAUGUUCCAAGAACACUUGAAAAUACAGCUUCAAGUAUUGUAAUAAUAAAAGAAAUUAUUCACAA